AGAGGGAGGACUUGCCUCAUGAGGUAGACGGCAGGUCGCCAUGUCACUGCAGGAGUUUCAGCACAUCUUUAGCAAGGAGAUUGACCGGUACUUGGCGAAGCUGGCGACACGCAAAGCCCCAGGCACAGGACGGGAUGAGCAACCACACAUUCCUGAGUUAAAGCGUCUUGCCAAUGAGAUGACAGACAGCAUCCUGCAGCGGCUGGCCAUGAAUGCCACCAAGUGGGGUCUAGACCAAGAUGCCCUGAAUGGCAAACUGGCUCCAGAUGGUCGAGGCAAAGUUCCGAAGUCCGCGAAGGUGGCCAUGCUGAAAGCAAGGUGCCAGGACUUGGAGAUGGAAGUGAAGCGGCAUGACGAAGAGGAGGAAAGGCGAAAGAUCGAAGUGCUGGGCAGGUUCAAGGCUGGGUACGAUAGCAUCCUCAGGUCGCAGGAGCAGGAGUUGAUCGAGCUGCGGCGUGCAGCUUUGCCUUCCGAGGACAUUGAGGGUGCUGCUCACUUUCAGCGAGAGCUGUCGGAGCAGUUGCAGCAUAUCCAGAAGCAGCUUGCUGAAACAAAGGAUCAUGUGAAUGAGCUGGACCGCCUGAAGCAAGGCCUUGACAAGAUCGAGGAGAGGCAGCGGAGGGCCAUUCCUCCCAUCGAAGCGCUUCUGGCCAGCACCAUGGACACCUGGCCAGAGGAUACCGAGGAUGAGAUUCUGGCGGCUAACAUCCGCAAGGGGGAGCAGGUGUGCAAGCGCUUGCGGCGGCACCAGUCCAGGUGAAGCGCCUAGACCUGUACAGGUUUCAUCCUCACAUGGGUGUUGGCUCUGUUCAAGGUUAGACCCCUCGAUGUGGGUCUGCGUCAAAAUUAC